GAGCAUAGCGAGGCAAGUCAUUGCAUUGCGGGGGUUUACCCUAUCUGUUAGGUACUCGCGUAUCCUGUACAUACUGACUAGCGCUGGGAAGCUCCUUCUCGUAUUACUAUAGGUUUUCCCAAAUUCGCAACUCAAAUCGAUGCGUAUGGCACUGCUGGCUGUAGCCUUUUGUUUUUAUGGCGACACUCGAUGGCAAGUUUUCUCAUUCCUCUUACAACCGUGUUUUUCUCUGAUAGGCAAACCCGGAUCAUUAGUUUCAGAAUGGAAACUGCACCUGCAAGUAGAAAAGAGGAAACAUAGGAAAAAUGUAGCAAUAACGAUGGAAAUCCGCAAAUCGCGCGCAGGUUCACUAGUUCUUAAUCCAGGAUAUCUAGAACUGUACUUUAUGGAGCUUCGAGCAUCUCUAUCCGAGGACUUUGGCGCUGGUGAUGGCUUUGGCGCUGAUUCUCCUCUUAGUGUACAUCGACCCUUUGUUUGGUCGACGGAUCUCAGGCAUGAGCAUAAUCUUUUGGACGAUGAACCUGAAGAGGGACCGAUACGGUUCCUUCAUCAUGCGGUCUCUGGAGACGGAAAUUAUAUAGCCACUCUGUCAUCGACUGACAAGCGCGUGAUCCUGGAUCUUUGGGACGUUACAGCUACUAAGGCUUUCAUCGGGACUUCUUCUUCUGGCGCAGAAGAGGAGCGACAGUCAGAUCAAGGCUCCAUUCGCCCCAGGCACUGUGCUACGACAGCCUUCUCCAUGGAAAGGACGAGUAAAGAUUUUGGUUGGACUGCCAUGGUCUCUGUUUCAUGGGAUGGAACACAAGUAGCUUUGACAGAUGUAUCCAAGGUCAAUCCGCUCGGUGAGCAGUUUUGGCAUGCUCCCAGUCAGUUCGCAGUCUACAACUACUCUGCCGAAUGUCGACCCUCUUCAAGGCCACUCGACCUGCAGCCCUCUUGCAACCUUCAGUAUUGCGCGUCUCUCAAGGAAAUGUUCGCAUUUGGCAGGUUCCACAUCCCAACUACAGAAAAUCAAAAUGUUCAGGACGAGAUCUUUGUUGCAUGCGACUGCCUCUCGGUCCUGGUCUAUAGGGCCUUUGGCAAGUGGAUCCAGCUGCUCACAAUACCGCUAUAUGGGCCAACACGGAAUCGUGACUUCGAUACAGAAUAUCAGUCCAAAAUGCUGUUACAAAGUCUUCGAGGCAGAUACUUUACUCGGGUUGGUGGUGAUGUAGGCUUCGCCUCGGUGUGGGACAUCAAGGAUGGGUUGCAGGUAUCAUUAGUGUCAGCCUUUACGCAGGAUCGGGAGCCGAGCCAUGGCGAGAACGUGCAGAUUUCCGGGGUCAGCCUUUCAAGCGAUUCCUCCAUUAUGGCGAUCGCCGUGCACGGGUAUAUAACGAUACACCAGACAUCGACGGGCGACCUUCUUAGGUAUUGGCUAGCUCCUGUGGAGUACGCCAAUAUUACCAACCUUCAAUUCGUUUGCGGCGACACACAGAUUUUAGUCCACUACGAUGGUAUCUAUCGUGAACGCGGCCAAGCGCGUCUCGCGUAUAUUCUGGAUGCCACCACAUUUUCGGUGAUCGGCGUCUUUUCUGGUUCAGAACUUUGCACUUACGUGUCCCAGCCACAUUCAGGAUGCAACUCUUACUUCUAUACUACCCAUGGUUCAUUGUUCGAACUUAUCCAACUACAGGAUCAUGCUAUCACAUCGUAUCCUCAGUCCAGGGUUUCAUACAGUAAUCGGUGUCAAGACAACUCGAGUCGAUUCAAGAAUCAAUCCAAGGAAAUCACUGCAUCUUCAGGGUUGUAUUUCAAGGUUGAGAUACGCUCAGGGCUCAGCGGACAAGGCGAAUCCGUGGCUGUAGUCGUCAGGGACAAGAAUGGAAUGUUGCGCAAUGUCGUUAUCAUUCCCUCAGCUGAAGUUGGCGAAGGCGGAACAUGGAUGCUGGAUGUGGAUUUUCUAGAUGGCGGUUCACGGCUACUUAUUGUAGGACUUCUGUCCAUCAUGGUAUGGAGUCUGCCGACGACCCUAGGAGGGGACUUUAAUCUGCUCCUGUUGUGGUCACAGCCUCCUUUAAUAUUGGGCAUGUAUACCCAUUUACCGCUCGACGAUAUCUUGCGUCUGUCUGACACUCAACAGGCGUUUUGCCAGGGAAGAAUAGCCGAGUUCGAAGAUGGAGUUAAUCAGCUCAUCCUGAUGUUCAGGACUGCAGACGAAUUUCUUCAACAGGCCAUUCUACGCUAUCUCAGCUCCUAUAUCAAUACCUACCCGGAUCCAGACAAUCUGUCUAAAAGCAUAAUGGGCUAUCUUAUCAAACAGUGGAGUGGAAAGGAUCGCGCCGCGAUCGAGCAACUCACAUGCGCGUUGAUCAAUUGCCGCUUCAACCAAUGGAUCCCUGUACGCAAGACCAUUCAGCAGUUCAAUCCGGUUAAGAUACUUGUGCAGAAAGCCCGGAAAGCACCACAGGCAAUGGUUCUUGCCAAGAUCUUCAUCUAUUAUUGUAUCGCCCAGGCCCGGACCGCACAAGAUACCCUAUACCUUAUCCCGAUUAUGGACUGUUUUGGCGCUUUGGUCGAUCUAAGGCACCGACACUCAGAUCUCGCGCUGCUUAUCCUACGGAGACUGGCUUUUGUCCCAUUCAAGUCGCGCUCGUUCAUCCUCAGCCAUCACGUCAUUGCCCACCCGCCAGAGUUCCGGUGGCGAUUUUGGAGGCCUGUCUCUCGUUCACUUCUUGACUGCAAGAACCCGAUCCUUCAACAGUCCAGCACCUCGCGCCAUAUUCCUGAGUAUGAUGAAUUUACCCAGAACCUGUUCGUGGCGCCAUUCGAGUUUCUGUGGUCUAUGAAAGAAGGCUCUCCUUCUGGAACGGCGCCUAAAGCGCAACAAGCACGUGGAGAACCGAUAUUCUGGGUCCGCGCAUUGGCCUAUAUGAUGCUGAGUAAGUUCAAGCUGAGGAGCACGGAGACAGUCAAGUGUCAUGAUUUCUCACUGGAGAUGCUCGACCAACCAAUGAUCGCUGCCCUAGUCGAAUACAAAUGGUAAUCAUCGCCUUUUUGCGCUGUUCUAUAUGCUCUUUCUACCUGCUCCCUCUGCUGCCUCUUCCGGCCCGGUCAGUACGGCUCCCCGUAGCAAACUUUACAUUGACGAGUAAUUUAUCUUGUAUAUCCUUAUUUUUAGGAACACUCUUGGAUACAUGUACUGGAUGGUGCGAUUUCUUUCGCAAUGCGUAUUCU